AUGGACAACGAGCAAGAAACCAAGGUUCUCUUGAAGCUUUGGGUGGAUGAAAAGAAAAAUCAGAAUCAACUCACUUUACCACUUGGAACGAUAAUACGACUCACUAAAGCAGAAGCCGGAGCUUUUGGCUGUAUGAACAACUUGUACCAAAGUGUUGAAAACCUUGACGAAGAAAAUCUGUUCACAGAGCAUUGCAAAACCAUGCUGCUAAAUCCAAGGAAUCCCUAUCCAAAGUAUUGCAUGAAGUUGAAAGUUAACGUGGAGGAUUCAGACUCCAGGAAGUGUUAUCAGUGCUCAGCUUGCUCAUUUAAGAGCUAUUUCAUGAAUGUUACGUGCCAAUGUGGAGGGAAGACUAAUAAAGAGCAGUUUUUGAAAGAUUCAGUUGAAAAUACUUGUCGUGAUAAGUACGUAUUUCUCAAAGGAGGGAUAUCAUUUCUAAUCACUGACAAUUUGCAAUUCAAGUGUGCUUCUCCAAGCUCUCUUGUUCAGAUGCUUUCUAAUGUUGGCCUGAGUGAUAUGAAUCAGAUCAGGGAGAUGCUUGUAGAAGUUGGCAAGAAUGAGGUAAUUCAUCUACUUGCACGUUCAUUGAUCUCAAAGACUCCCUUGUCUGAUGCGUUUCUGCCGAAGCAAAAACAAAAAAGAGAAAGACUAGACACCAUCACAAUGCCUGAGUCUGGAAAUUUGUCAUCCAUUUCUGAAAAUGGAACAAGUAAUAACACCGAGAAAUUGGAGCUGAGGCUAACACUAAGAAAGUCGACAAACAAGGUCUUGUGUGCAGAGGAAGGCAAUGAAUUCAUUGAUUUUCUCUUCAACUUCUUGACCAUUCCCUUAGGAUCAUUUGAAGAUGCUCUAAAAGGGAGUUCUGGGUUGGGAUCCAUAGAUAACUUGUACAAAAGUGUGGAGGCUUUAGAUCCGAAAUGGUUCAAUACAUAUGCAAAUAAGAAUGUUUUUGGAAGUGUGGAGAAUCACAAUCUUAAGAGGAUAUUACUGAAGCCUGGUAUUGCCCCUUACCACGAUUCUGAGAAUCAGCUACUGCAAAUCGGAGCUGUAGAAACUUACUUAUUUGACCCAAUGGACCCUGUAAGGAAUAGUUUUCUUCGCAAGUUCGGAAAGUUUGCUGAGGCACCCUCCCUUUUCUAUGUUAUGGACAAUUUGGAAGUGAGACCUCUGUCUUCAACAUCAACUAUGCGCUUACUCCAAGAACUAAAUGUGCCUAUGUAUGAUAUUGAAGAGCAAGUGAUCAGUGUUGGCUAG